GACAUUUAUCGCUCACUUGUCAAUUCCAUCCGUCUUCAUGCGAAUCAUGAACAUUUCGCUGAGGACUUUAGGCUCAUUGUGUCGGAUACAGUGCUGCGCAACUUAGAGACCCUCAGAACCAAGAUCGGAGCGAGAUCGGAAUACCAGGACAACGCUGAUGGGAAUAUGGAUUCCUCCUAGCCUCCGAUAUCAGGGCUCGGACGCACGCGCAUUAUUAACGUGGGUGGGAAGACUAAGAGUGCCGGAUUCUGCGCUUACACGAGUCAUUUGGUUGGUUAUCCGAGAGGCAGUGAAAGCCAUUUACGGCAUCCACACCAUGCCGACGAAACCAGAGUAUCUAUCCGUAGUUGCAGUUAGAGGUUGCCAAACCCUCGUCGGUGACGUGACGGGUGCCUUCUCCAGGAACGUCGGCAAGCCAUCUCGGGACGUGAUCGACGUUGCCAUUGGCUUGCAAGGCGAUCUACUUCCAUGUCCGGCCGCUUCGUAUCUGGGUCCGCCUUGCUCUGCACGUUGCUCGGCGUCGCUAGGUUACUGGCACCGAGGCCAAUGGAGCUGCAAGUCGCUGACUGCACCGCACUCCUGGGCAACUUGGCGGUUGGACCUGCUAUCUAUGCCCGAUUCGAGAACUCCUCCCAGACAAGGUUUGAGCCGUUGACGCAGAAGGAUGGAGAGGGUGGACGGACGUUGAGAA